AUUUGUGAUAAAGAAUGGCAUUACUAUGUUGUCAAUGUUGAGUUUCCCGUUGUUACGUUAUACAUGGAUGGAACAACAUAUGAACCUUACCUUGUGACCAAUGAUUGGCCUAUCCACCCUUCACACAUAGCUAUGCAGCUGACAGUUGGUGCUUGUUGGCAAGGAGGUGAAGUCACCAAGCCCAGAUUUGCCCAGUAUUUCCAUGGCAGCCUUGCCAGUCUUACUAUCCGGCCAGGCAAAAUUGAGAGUCAGAAAGUGAUUUCCUGUUUGCAGGCCUGCAAGGAAGGUCUGGAUAUUAAUUCUCUUGAGAGUCUUGGCCAAGGAAUAAAGUAUCACUUCAACCCUUCCCAGUCAGUCCUUGUCAUAGAAGGAGAUGACAUUGAGAAUAUAAAUCAAGCUCUCCGAAAGGUCUCAUACAUCAACUCUAGACAGUUUCCUACUGCAGGCGUACGACGUCUCAAACUCUCAUCUAAAGUCCAAUGUUUUGGUGAAGAUGUCUGCAUUAGUAUCCCAGAUAUAGAUGCGUAUGUAAUGGUGUUUCAGGCCAAUGAGCCCAAGAUUACAAUAAGUGGGAUGGACCACUUUGCUAGACCAGCUGCACAAUUUGAAAGUGAGAGAGGUGUUAUUUUGUUACCUGACAUCAGGAUUGUCAGCACAGUCACUAAAAUGGAGCAUCCAGUGGACUUAAAAGAACGUGACAGAGCCAAUAAGCCAGUGGUAUUAGAGGAAAUGCUCCACAACUUGGAUUUCUGUGAUAUUUUGGUCAUUGGCGCAGAACUAGAUCCUGAACAAGAGUGUUUAGAACUAGAUCAUGUGGAGCUUCAAGGAAAACAUCUAGAUGCCACAAAUUCCACAGCAGGAUAUUCAAUCUAUGGUGUGGACAGCAUGCACAACUAUGAACAGGUUCUUCGGCAGAUUCGAUAUCGUAACUGGUACACUUCUGCCACCUUUGACAGAAAGUUCAGAGUCAAGUGCUCCGAGCUAAAUGGACAUUACACUAGCAAUGAAUUUAACUUGGAGGUUAAUAUUCUGCACAGCUCCAACUCCAACUUCAUGGACCAUGUAAAUCAUAUGAUAGUACAACCACAAUUUCUCCAAUCUGUCCACCACCCAGAGGGAAGCAUAAGUGCUGUUCACAAUUCAGUUGUUCCAAGUGUGGCUACUAUCGUUAUCAUAAUCUGUGUGAGCGUACUCAUUUUCAUCAUAACCUUGGGGGUCUAUCGAAUUCGGACAGCUCAUCAGCACAGCUCUGCAGACAAUGAAGGAAGUAAAGAGAAUGAAAUGGAUUGGGAUGAUUCUGCUCUGACUAUUACCGUCAACCCCAUGGAGAAAUAUGAAAAGCCUCACCAGACAGAAGAGGGGAGUGAGGAAGAAGACAUAGAAGAUGAAGAGGAAGACACAACCAGCGCUGAAUCAGAUGAAAGUGAAGAGGAGGAGGAGGAAGAGGAAGAGGAGGAAGUGAUUGUCCAAAAGGGAGACAAACAGAAUGCAACCAGGCAAGAGCAGUUGGAGUGGGAUGAUUCAGCACUCCCGUACUAA